CAUCUCCACCAGUCACAAGAUGGCGGAUCCAGAAGAAGAAGUCAAACAACCAGUUCUUCCUUUGGACUCCAAAGACAUUGAUCCCAUCGCAGAAAUUCUCCUCAAGCACCAGUUAUAUCUAACUGCACUAGAACUACACACKGAGCUGGUAGAAUGUGGCAUCGAGAUCCCAAAGUUACGAGAUUUUUUCUCYAAUCCUGGGAACUUUGAAAGACAGUUUCCGCUUCGAGCUCCAUCUCCUGGCUCAAUGCCACGCACUUCCAGCAUCAACACUAUUGAUUCUUUGGACGAUUUCGCCCGGUUUUCUGAUGAUGGUGGACACGACAAUACAGAUGAACGUAUCGCAGUACUUGAAUUUGAGUUGAGGAAGGCUCAUGAAACCAUCAAAGCACUGCGUGGAUCACUGACAGAAGUUGCAGGGACUGACUGUUCAUCUCCUUCAAGAAAAGGACCAGGAUCUACUGAUACAAAAGAACCUUCUUCAACUGAUGAUCCAAUCAAGCCACAUGAAAUAAGAGCACUGAACUUCCUUGUCAAUGAAUAUCUACUGGUGAACAACUACAGGCUAACAUCGAUUACCUUCUCUGAUGAAAAUACUGAACAGGAUUUUGAUGACUGGGAUGAUGUUGGUCUUAACAUCCCCAAACCACCAAACAUCUUGCAUCUAUWUCGKGAUUACGGACRUCAUACUGUGCCUGAAGUGAUGCUGGUAUUGCAGUCAGUAAAAGAAGAGAAGGUCAGGUUAGAAGAUGAAGUUGUAAAACUACAGUCAGAGUGCAAGAAUCUAAGUGAAGGAGUUGGAGAGCUGAAAUUUGAAAAUCAAACUCUACAAGAAAAUAUGGAGAACAUCCAAAGUGAGUAUCAGCAGUUUAGAUCUCCUGGAAACACUUCCGUCAACACUAUCAAAUCAGAGGCAUCAGAAGACAGGACCAUUACUCCUCAACAUCCUUCUACUGACCAGCCAGAUGGUGCAGUUGAUAUGGAGAAUAGUUAUGUUGGUGAACAGCAAAUACCAAGCAUUGUUUUUGAGCCAGAUAUUGAACCACCUGUGAAAAAUGAAAAAUCCGUGUCCAAGCUGUCAGAGACAAGUGAUGAUGUGGUUCUAAUCCUAGCAAGGUGUCUUCCUCAUAUCGUACCAAAUGUCCUGUUAAAUAAGAGAGAGGAAUUGAUUCCAGUUAUACUUUGUACCGCAAUCCAUCAUCCAGACAUCAAAGAACGAGACAAUCUUAUGCACAUGCUAUUUAACCUCAUCAAGAGACCAGAUGAGGAACAGAGACAGAUAAUCAUGAACGGAUGUGCAGCCUUUGCACAAGUUGUCGAACCUUCGCGUGUUGAAGCUGAACUGCUCCCUCAGUGGUGGGAACAGAUUACACACAAGUUUCACGAAAAAAGACUAUUAGUAGCCGAGGGUUGUGGGAACCUAUCGUCUUAUCUACCGGAUACAAUUCGUUCAUCGCUGAUCUGGUCAAUGAUGAAGCAAAUGCUGGCAGACGAUCGAAGUGAAGAAGUGCGGGAAGCCAUUACAAAGAGUCUGGGACUAGUCCUAGCCGAUAUGAAAACCCCGGACAAAUACGAACAGAGGGAGGAAACCGGAGAACCCGGAGAAAACCCUCGUAGCAUAGGAGAGAACAACACAUCAAACAAACUCAGUUCAUGUGGCGACUGCAGGGCUUGA